AUGCGCGAAGCGCGAUACGGUCUCUCAGACCUUUCGGAUCAGACGGAUCGAUUCAGAAACAAUAUUUGGUCAAAAAAACAUCUUACAUGGAAUUUUCAUCUAGCCGAUAAAGAAACUAUGAAAGUAACGAAGGCCGCGUUCGAUCUGUGGACCGCAAAUUUAUCACUAUCUUUUAAAGGCGUAUCUCUAAAUCCCGACAUACUAAUAUCGUUUCGUGAGGACCUUCACACGAAUAUUGACAAGAAAAAUGGUGAAAUGUGUCCAAGCCCUUUAGACGGUCCCAGUGGUGUACUCGCUCACGCAUCUUAUCCCACCGGAGAUAAGGAUUAUGUCACGGAGGUGCACGUAGAUAGAACAGAAUCGUGGCAUAUUUAUAUUAGUAAAAAUCCUCCACGCACAUACAGCUUAUUAUACGUAAUCACGCAUGAAGUCGGUCACACAUUAGGUUUGCAUCAUAGUAAAUACAACGGUUCGAUUAUGUUUGCGAAGGCGCCCAGCGAAAUCAAUUUUCCCAUUAUAUUGAGCUUAGAUGACAUUCUUCAUAUUCGAUAUUUAUGUAGUACUAAUUACCAUAGUUCUACAACUACAAUACCGCCCAUCACCACCACAGCCGUUGUAACUACAACACAUCAAAAAACAUCAAUCACGAUCAGUGCGCUCUACGAGACCCUGAUGUAA